CCGCGCGGCCCCGUCUCUCCCCGCGCUGACCUUUGGGUCCAACUCCUCCCUCUGCCCGCGCGAGCUUUUCCUCCCCGGCCCCCUGAACUGAAGGGAGGCCUUCCAGCGGUUAGCUGGCGGUGCGAAGCAACGCCUGGGGCGCGCGGUCCGCCCUUUCCUCCGGCGUUAGCGCUUGGAACGCCCCCGUGUCGUCGUCCUCCUUUGAUGAGGAGCAACCUUCGGCAGUUGAGAGGUUCAGCCACCUAGCCGAGGUUACCCCCCAGAUGUUUCAAAGCCUCAUUAAAAAUGUGUGGGUCCCCAUGAAGCCCUACUACACCCAGGUUUACCAGGAGAUCUGGGUCGGGAUGGGGCUCAUGAGCUUCAUCGUUUACAAAAUCAGGAGUGCUGAUAAAAGAAGUAAAGCUUUGAAAGGUUCGAGCCCGGCACCCGCUCAUGGCCAUCACUAACCAGCCCUACCUGGGGGGCCCAUCGGACGGACGUCAGCCCGGCUGUCAGUUUCAGCAAGCUCUGCUGGGGGGACCGUGGCCAGCACUGUGUGCUUGUAGAAUGCCCUACCCUUCGUGGUGUGAAUAAAUGUACCUGUGAGAUAGAC